CUUCGAUUCGUUCCACAUCAGCUUCAAGACUCACAUCUCUCCAGCCAGAGAGUACUAGUAGUAGGGUUAAAAAAUGAAUCAAAGAGAAAACAGAGAAAAGAGAUUGAAAAGCCUUUAAGAUCUGCCUCUAAAACCCUCCGUUCUAUUCUCCGAUCGACAUGCAACAAGGGAUCAGUCAUACUCCUCUUGGUACUUACCGAGACACUGAACCUGUCCCACUCUCAACAUACCGAGAAAACGACAACUUAUGGGAAAACGGUUUCAACAGAGAACAGACCAUUGAAGAGCCUGAGGCCAAGGAGAAUGGGAAGAGAAGUGUUGACAAGAGCUCCUUCCCUCACGGCGAAACCGAUCUCAACCAACUCCCAGCUAUCCCACCCGCUUCAACUGGUCAAGGCUUACCGUACGCCCCUGUUGACUGGCCGAGUUUCGGUGAUGUCUGGACUUGGAGAGUCGGGAAGAGAGUGACCGCCACUGGCUACCAUCACGAUAGGCUUCUCAUUCUCCCUCAGAGGCUUCAGCAAAAGAAUGUACCAAAGUCUUUUGCAAGCAAACAAACUCUUCUCCGUUACUUCCAGUCUAACUUCCCCGGCAUGGAUGCUGAUGCCUUCUUCGCGUCGUUUAGCUGGAAGGUCCCUGCUCUCUUCCAGCCUGCUAACAAAGUUGAUGCUGCGUCUCUCUUUGAGGAGACACCAAAGGAAGUAAAGACAGAAGGAAACUCCAGAUACAGCCAGAGGAAAAGGAAUUCAAUGCCUGUUGAAUCUAACGCUAAAGCAGCUCAAAGAGGUGGUAGCAGUAGCAACAAGAAGAAGAAAGGAGGAGUCACAACAACUCCUACCACUGGAUGGAAAUCUACUAGGAGAGGUUCGAACCAGCAGAGAGGUGGCGCUGUGUACCACCUCAACGAGGAGGAGGAGGAGGGAGAGCCUAUCACUGGACCAAACACUAGCGGCAGGAGGAAGAAACGCAGAGUUAACCUUAAGGAAGAAGAAGAAGAAGAUGUUUCCAUCCCUCACAUCUACGUCUCUCCGAUGAACGGCGUCCUCGCGGUCUCCCACGAGCCUAUCGAUGUUGAUCCGGUAGAGUUCGACAGCUACCUGAACUCUCUUGACAUCCUUCUUCACCAAGGUCCAGAAGAUGCUUCGGUUCUCGUCACUGCAAGCUCUCCAAUGAGAGAGUACGAAUGGGCUGAAGCUCGUAUGAAGAUCUCCUCUCUUCUAGAGAAAGACUUCCCUACCUUGUUCACCUCCAAGGAUGCUGCGGAGAUAGCAGCGUUAGCGACUAAACUGAGGAAAGAUCCGAACCUCUCCGCUGAAGAGAUGGUGAGGUUGAAGCUCAUGCAAGAGAUGCCAACGUUCAGCGAAGUGUUUCAGGAGAACAAAAUGGUGAUCGAAGAAGCAGACAGGUUCUUCUCUGCGCUGGAACUUAACAAAGCUAAAGUAGCGUCGCUUAAAUACGAGUACAGCGACCUGAGGCACAAACUAGGGAGUAUACAGACGGAAGUGGACGAGAACUCUGAGGGUAUACGCCGGAUAGAUGACCAGAUCGCUCAGCUUCAAGCUAGGAGGACUGAGUUGAAGAGGUGCAUUGGGAGCAAGGAGAAAGAGAAGGUUGACCUGAGCUAUGGAAAGAAAAUGGUGGCGAACUCUAUUCCUAAAGUGGUGCAGGACGUUCAAGCAGCUAACUCGAAGAAGCCAGAGUGGGAGUGUAAGAAGGAGAAUGCUCUUAAGCGUGAAGAAGAGAUCCUCUCUAAGUUCACUCCCCUCAGAGGCUUCUUCCUCUAAUCCUGCAUCUCUUUGACUAUUUUACCUUUUAGUCAGUCUUGAUGUAUUAAGUUGAUGUAUUAAGCAUAAAAGCAGAGAUCCUCUCUGUGUUGCAGACUCAUGAAGGCUUGGAGUUUUCUCUUUAAUGGAAUGCUUAUGCUGUAGUAGUUCAGUACUCUUUCAAAGAAAGAGAAGUUCACA